GUCGUUCCCAAUACCAAUCCCGAUCCAUCCAGCCGCCCAAUCCCGAUCCAUCCAGCCGCCCAAUCCCGAUCGAGGCUUAGGGAAUCGAGACUACCGGUGGUUCCCAGCGACCUGAGGAGAGGAGCAGCGCCCCGGUGAAUCCCGACCGGAGGAACAAGAUGCGCUAAUGCGUGUGAAGAAAGGUGGGGGCGAGGGAGAUAAUGGCGGGCUCCUCCCCUGCUUGAAACUACGCUGCCCUCCUUAAGCUCGCAAUUAUGGUCCUCUGCUGGAAACUGCUCCUCUCUCCUUGAAGCUCGCAAUCAUGGCGUAUUAUUCAUUCAUGGCUGGUAAAUUUGCAAGCUUUUCAUAUGGGCAGUGGUACCAUAUAAUGCUUCCCUCCCUGGCUUUGUAUGCACACCCUACUCCAGGAUCUACAUCUUCUUCAGCGAUAUGCUCAGGUGAUGUUCAUGCUACGUGUGCACAAUUGAUUUGGGCAGAUUCUGCAGCUUCCAACUGUCCAUUCUUGUGCUCAGCCGUUGAUCAUCCCUCAAAUGGCUUUUGGACAUGUUUAACUAAUGGCAACACAGCCACGAACAGAUUCAAGCAUCUACCCCAGCCACUUCUUCACCACUCCAGGCAGAAGCGCAAGCACUUCUUCUUGCAGCCAGCAUAUCCCAGCUCCUCCAGGUCUAGCAGCCCACUUUCCUCACAGAUAAUCUCACCCUUGCCAAGGAGGCGGCACCUAGGAACGUCACUGCUGACAUUGUUCCUUGGGCGGUCAGAAAGCAUCUUGCUCAUUUCUACAGGACCACCGAAGAAUUGCAGCCGCAGGUGUUUCACAUCUCUAGGGAAAACAAUGGUAUUGCUCGUAAUGUAGCUCAUUAGGUUCUGAAUCAUUCCAUUGAACCCGUUUUUAGCUGUUUUGGUUCAGCUCAUAGGUAUAGAACAUGCCAUGUAAUUUCUCUCCUCUCUUCUGUAAAUCUCCAGGGUGUUUUUCUUUAUGUUGUACAGUGUACAAUGCUUUUGAGCUGGAUGAAU